AUGUCCAAGACGUUUACGCAAAGCGACGUUGCGUCGCACAACAAGUCCGAUUCCCUCUGGAUCACUGUCGACGGCGACGUUUAUGACCUGACCAAGUUCCAAGAUGAGCACCCUGGCGGCAAGAAGAUCCUGACCCGCGUCGCCGGCAAGGACGCCUCCAAGCAGUUCUGGAAGUACCACAAUGAGGGCAUCCUCAAGAAGUACAAGCCCUCAUUACAGGUUGGCUCCCUAGACACCAAGCCCAAGACCGAGCCCACGCCUGCUGCUGCUCCAGCCCCAGCCAAGAAGGCCGCCCCCAAGGCUGUGGCCAAGUCUACGAACCAGGAAGAGUCGGAGGCUCUCGAGCCCUUCGGCGCCCAGAUCCCCUUCGCCGACCCCAGCUGGUAUCAGAGCUACCACUCUCCCUACUUCAAUGAGACGCACGCCGCCCUCCGCGCCGAGGUCCGCGAGUGGAUGGAGACGGCCAUCGAGCCCAACGUCACCGAGUGGGACGAGAAGAAGGAGGUGCCUGCCGAGAUCUACAAGGAGAUGGGCCGCCGCGGCUACCUCGCCGGCCUGCUCGGCACCCACUACCUGAGCGAGUACACCAAGACGCCCAUCAAGUGCGUCGACCCCAAGAAGUGGGACCUGUUCCACGAGAUGCUCCUGACCGACGAGCUGUCGCGCGCGGCCUCGGGCGGCUUCGUCUGGAACCUCAUCGGCGGCUUCGGCAUCGGCUGCCCGCCCCUCGUCAAGUUCGGCAAGAAGGCCCUCGUCGACCGCAUCCUGCCGGGCAUCCUCAGCGGCGACAAGCGCAUCUGCCUCGCCAUCACCGAGCCCGACGCCGGCUCCGACGUGGCCAACCUGACCUGCGAGGCCAAGCUGAGCGCGGACGGCAAGCACUACAUCGUCAACGGCGAGAAGAAGUGGAUCACCAACGGCAUCUGGUCCGACUACUUCACCACCGCCGUGCGCACCGGCGACAAGGGCAUGAACGGCGUCUCCCUGCUGCUCAUCGAGCGCUCCAUGGGCGGCGUCUCGACCCGCCGCAUGGACUGCCAGGGCGUCUGGUCCAGCGGCACCACCUACAUCACCUUUGAGGACGUCAAGGUCCCCGUCGAGAACCUCAUCGGCAAGGAGAACCAGGGCUUCCGCGUCAUCAUGACAAACUUCAACCACGAGCGCAUCGGCAUCAUCAUCCAGUGCCUGCGCUUCUCGCGCGUCUGCUACGAGGAGUCGGUCCGCUACGCCAACAAGCGCCGCACCUUUGGCAAGAAGCUCAUCGACCACCCCGUCAUCCGCAUGAAGCUCGCCCACAUGGCCCGCCAGAUCGAGGCCUCGUACAACUGGCUCGAGAACCUGAUCUACCAGUGCGAGAAGAUGGGCGAGACCGAGGCCAUGCUGCGCCUCGGCGGCGCCAUCGCCGGCCUGAAAGCCCAGAGCACCCUCACCUUUGAGUUCUGCGCCCGCGAGGCCAGCCAGAUCUUUGGCGGCCUGAGCUACUCGCGCGGCGGCCAGGGCGGCAAGGUCGAGCGGCUGUACCGCGACGUGCGCGCCUACGCCAUCCCCGGCGGCAGCGAGGAGAUCAUGCUCGACCUGAGCAUGCGGCAGAGCUUGAAGGUGGCCAAGGCUGUCGGUAUGAAGUUGUAA